UUCCAAUAAUUCAAACAGAAGUCUAUAUUCGAGACGUAAUUAGUGUUGGAAUUGAAAAGUGAAUCAAAAAGUGAUUGACUUUUGUCUCGGAUUUGAAAUUCAAUUUUGAAUCAAACGUUUCGUUCAAUCAUUCAAUUGAUCCCAAGAUAUGGCCCAACAGUUGACACAAACGAUGGCAUCACUCGAGACCACAGAUGGCUGUGAAGACAGACAACAGCCACAAAUAUAUGCGAAAGACUCUUUGGAUCGAUUCGGUGAUGAUUUGUGUGCACUUAUAGUGUCUUAUCUUUCACGCGAUGACCGAUUCCGGUGCGAAUGUGUUUCCAAACAGUUCCAGAGGACAGUCUUCUUGACUGUUGUUGACAUCACUCUUAGCGACCGAUUUAUGCAAAAAUUACUGACAAAUGCGAAGACAAUUGACACCAAAAUGUUGGCCACAAUUGCCAUAAAGUUUGCGAACAUUCAAACCAUUGAUUGCCGAGGAAUAGACUUUGAAUAUGAAGAGCACAUUCCCGUAGUGUUGGCUAUAUUUCGAGACAAUUGUCUUCAUUUGCGUGAAAUUCACUGCAAUUUGUGGCAAAAUAGCGGACAAACAAUGCCUACAAUCGGACCACUCGUCACACGAAUCAAUGUUAUGGACAAUAAUAUGGACACUCAAUCACUCAGUCAUUGCCACCGAUUGUCUCAUUUAAGUGUCCGUCAUUUGAGUCAAGUCUUUGACACUUCCGGACAACUAAUGGCAAAGAAUUUGAAUACAUUUGAGUUAUAUUUCUAUUCAAACGAUGAUUACCACCGAUUGUCUGCAUUUGUGGCACACAAUCAGUCACUCAAAUGUCUUUUCGUAAAAUGUUGUAAACUUUUCACUCACGACACAAUGACCGGACUGUCAGCACAAUUGUCACGAUUAACACAAUUACGGGAACUGACACUCGGAUGUGUUAUAAUGGGUAUUCACCACUCAUUGGAUUCUUGGCGUACAAUUGGUAUUCAUUGCCAACAAUUGCAACGAUUGGCACUCGAUUGCUAUAAAUCCAAUCUCAAGUCAUUGGAUUCGUUGCCAUAUUAUCGGCGAUUAAAACGAUUGCGUUUACGGAUAUAUGCGGACAUCGAUGAGAUAGUGUUGGAUCCGUUGAGACACUGCCAACGGUUAACACAUUUAGACAUAUUUUUAGUGCCAAUGCGUGCAAAAGCGGUGGAAAUUGUCUCUAAUAAUUGUCCACAACUUCAGUAUCUAUACAUUCAUAGCCUUAUGGACGCCGAGAGUUUGUCACACCUCUCAAGACUACCGGCGCUGCAAAUGCUUGUCAUUAAACCCAAUGUAUUCACUGAUCUCUCGGACAAUGAUUUCUUGGAUCUGUUGUCCAGAAGUCCUAAACUAAAGACCAUUAAAAUAAUUCAAUACAAUUCCGCGACAUUUUAUUUUCAUAACAAACCGUUCAUUAAUUAA